AGUUGUUCCACUGUAUUGUUUUUUUAUUUGUACUUUUAAAAUUGUUGUAUUUUUCCCCCUACAUAUUUUCAAUCUGUGCUUGAUUUAAUCUGUAGAUGCAGAACCUAAAGUUAUAGAGGACUGACUGUAUUGUUAAUAAUUAUUAAGAUAUACAAAAUCACUGUUAGUGAGAGAUUUAAAAAUGUCCAGGUAGAAAGAAAAUGAAAUAGACUAUCAGAAGCAGUGAUUUUCUGGUAUGAUUUUAAUUUGUAGUGAUCUACAGGAUCCUUUGUGGAGGCAAAUGCAUUCUAGUUAGUAGUAUCUGUGAUAUUAUUAGGGCUCCUGUUUUAUAGAUUCAGUUCCAGAAAUAUUUAUUAUCAAGUGCCUGUGUUAUGUCAGGUGCUGUGCUAGGAACUGUUCAGUUAAAUAGAUAGUACAGUUAAGAAAAUAAGUCAGCAUGUUCUCCCUCCCAGGCCUUAGAGUUGGGGUGAUUCUGUGUCCCACUUUUCCCUGGACAAUCCUGUUUACUGCUCUUAUCCUAGCAUAAUUAUUCACAGUGCCCCCUUUUAUUUCAAGUGUCCUGGUUUUGGAAACUAAUUAUAGGGUCAUCAAUAUAGGCUAUUAUUGAGGCAGAGGGAGUUUCUCCAGAAAAGGACUAUGGAAGUUGUCUAAACAAGAAGGAGCAUGAUGAAAAGUAUUUUCUAGGGAGUUGAAUUGAGGCUAGAUGGUUAGUUGUAGGACCAGCAAAGUGGUGGGAGAGGGGAAAGCAUUUUGGAGAUAGAGUAAACCAAACACUACCAGUGUGAUGGACAGAACCCAACUGGAGGUGCCAUCUUGAAUUCCAGAGUGUGAAGAGCAGCCUCAGGUGCGCAGCCUUUUUAGGUUUCACCAUCAGCGUGUCUCAGAUGUUUUCUUGGAGACUCCAUUAGGCUUUAACAAUUGCCUUAAAAAUUCCCCAGCAAAAGCAUUUUGGGAAUAGGGAGCAACUCCAGGUUGCACAUGAGAUGCUUAGCUAGGUCAUUGGUUUGUAUGGCCAUUUCCCUCCUGAGUCUAGGUAUGCAGGUCUUGAGGGGUGGAGCUCAAGGCUACUUUUGCAUUUCUGCCAGUGCUUCCAAAUGUCGUGACUGGGGGUGGGGGUGGGGGUGGGCGGGGUGGAGGGAGGGAGAGGUGGGCCAGAGUAGUACCCUUCCUUGACUUAGUGUUUGAAAUUUGAAACACAGAAACUUAGUGUUUCUGUGCCAUGUCUCACAUACACAGAGAGAAUAUUGGUUGCAAUAACUUCAGAGACAGUUAAAAGGUGAUAUUUUAUAUAUUCAGAGAUUAUUGUUAAAUUCAUUAGCAAGAGGAAUGCAGUUCAGACUUCUCAGAUUUGGGAGGUAAAUCUCCCCCACCCCCAGUGUUUGCAUUUGGUUUGAGUGUCUUAAUUACCAUUCCAGAACGUUUGUGAAAUUAAGGUGGAAAAAAGAAUUCUGGCUUAGGUACUAACAUAUAACCCUUGUGUGUUUAUUAUGAAGCCUUCACCUUUAAGAUUCUUGUUUGCAAUCCUGGGCAACACAACCAAUUUUCUGUGUCAUUAACUUUUUCCUGUAACACCAAAGGGCAGGAGGAUGCUGGUCUCCACCUUUUGUUUCUCCAAGGCAAGUUGAACGACCAUCUGUGCCAUAAGAUGGAUGAGGCCCAGUGAUCUUCCUGUUGAUUUGGUAUUUGUGUCUUCACACAAGAAUCUUUGCUGAUUCCAAUGCUCGAUUCACUGGAAUACUCUCUGCUGUUCUCUGAAUUGAUGAUGGAUUAGUUGAGGUCUUUGUAUUCAUUAUUGGCAAGGUUUCGAGACAGUCCCUUGAGUGCAGGAAGAAUCUGGCAGUGGCGUCAGAAGGCCAAGGCUCGGCAACCUUGGAUAAGUCACUGUCUGAGUCUGUUUGUGUUGCUAUAAAGGAAUACCUGAAGCUGAGUCAUUUUUAAAGAAGAGAGGGUUAGAGCUGGACGAGUGCUGUGGGCUUAGCAGGGGCUGCAGGGGCAGUGGGAGUGCAGACUUAAAAAAUGCAGACCCCUGGGGCACUACUCAUUUCUCUAGCUCUGGUCUACUGUGGUACCAGGGGUCUAAUCAGGCCUGUGUCUGCCUCCUUCUUGAAUAGCCCAGAGAAUUCAUCUAAACAGCCUUCCUACAGCAGCUCCCUACUCCAGGUGGCCACAUGGGAGUUCCAGACCAGUGUUGUCUCCUGGGACAUUGACACAGCAGCCAAGUUUAUUGGUGUUUGGGCAGCCACAGUUGGUGUGGGUGGUUCAGGGGCUGGCAUUGGAACGGUGUUUGGCAGCCUGAUCAUUGGCUGUGCCAGAAACCUGUCUCUCAAGCAGCAGCUCUUCUUCUAUGCCAUUCUGGGCUUUGCCCUGUCUGAGGUCAUGGGGCUCUUCUGUCUGAUGGUUGCCUUCCUCAUCCUCUUCACCACGUGAGACUCUGUGGGGGUCAUCUGCCUGUCCCUGCUGCUACGACUCCAUACCAUUACUGGUGCUGGGAUGUGCUAAGCUUUACAACAUUUCUCUAAAAAAAAGAAAAAAGAAAUAGAGGUUUACUUGGCUCACGGUUCUGCAGGCUGUACACGAAGCAUGACGUCAGUGUCUGCUCUUGGUGAGGGCUUCAGGAAGCUUCCACUCAGGAUUGAAGGCAAAGAAAAACUGGCUUAUCACAUGGUGAGGGAGGGAGCAAGAGAGAGAGGGGAGAGAGGUGCCAGGCUCUUCUUAACAAUCAGCUAAUUGUUAAGCUGAUUGUGGGAACUAAUAGAGCGACAACUCACUCAUUACCCCAGGGUGGCAAGAUCUGCCUCCAUGACACACUAGGCCCCAUGUCCAACAUUGGUGAUCACACUUUAACAUGAGAUUUGGAGGGGACAAAUAUCUGAACUCUAUCAAUGAGUCACUUUGUGCCUCAAGUUUCCUCAGCAGUAAACUGGGGUAAAGAAGGAUAUGAAGAACCAACCUGUUAGGGUCGUUCUGAGGAUGAAUGAGAUGGCCAUUGUGAAAGAACUCUGGGUUGUUUUAAUGUGGUGUCGUAUUAUUGAAUGAACCAUCUAAAUUCAUGACUGAAUCUAGCCCAUCUCCUGCUUUUGUAUAGCCUGAGAGCUAAGAAUUGUUUUUACAUUUUAAAAUGGUUGGGAAAAAAAAUUCAAAAGAAGAACAGUAUUUCUUGACACAUGAAAAGUCUAUGAAAUUCAGAUUUCAAUGUCCUUAAAUAAAGUUUCGCUGGAACUCAGCCAUGCUCCCUUGUUGGCAUACUUUCUGUGCCACUUUUGUGCGAUAAUGGCAGAGUUGAAUAGUUGCUCCAGAGACUGAAUGGGCCUGCGAAGCUGAAGGCACUUAUCUGGCCCUUUACAGGAAAAAAUGUGCCAGCCCCUGAUGUAGAACAGUGGUUAUUGUAGUGGUUAUUGUUCAUCUUGUAGCAAGAUGAACCGGGUUCUACACAGAGAUCUUUCCCUCCGAUGGUGUUAAAGCUUGGGGAAAGCUAAGGCUCUCAAAUUUCUGAGGAAGAAAUCAAAGCUAGUUUGUUUUUUCAUUCACUCAUUCAUUCAUUCAUUCAUUCAUUCAUCGUUUCACCAAAUAUUCGUUGAGUUCCUGCUGUGUGCCAGACACUGUUAGGGGUGGUGAGGAAAAUGCAGUGACACAGGAGAAAAUGCCUGCCCUCCUGCAGCUUACAGUCUAGUGGGAGGAGUAAGAUAAUACACAAAUAAAAUUCCUGACCCGCCUGAGGGUGAUGGAUGAUAUGGAAGGGCAGGGGGAGAGAGUGGGGACUGUUAGGAAAGGCCAUACUGAGAAGGCCAUAGGUGAUGUGAAGGAGGUGGGGUGUGAGCCCUGAACCUACAUGAUGGGGCUGGGGCAGUGGGGAGUCUGCUUAGGCAGAGGGCAAAGCAAGUUCAAAAGCCUUGGGGUGCAAGCAUUGGAGAUGGUCAAAGGAGAGCAAUGUGCACAGAGCAUUUUUGUGUGUAUUUUAAUUUCAGCAUUGGCAGAGCUGUGGUAAUCUGAUAUGUGAUCCUGUUUUUAAAAAAUUAUUUUAUCUUCAGAACAAUAGGAAACACAAAGGGAGACCAUGUAGCGCAGUGGUUAAGAGAAGGGGUUCCAGGCAGAUAAGAGUUGAAGCUCAACCUUGGCAAUAUUGACAUUUAGGGCUGAACAAAAUCUUUGUUGCUGGAAGCUGUCCUGUGCAAUGGAGGCAGUUUAGUAGCAUUCCUGGCCUUUACUCACUAGAUACUUGUUGUGAUAACCAAAAAUGUCUCCAAACAGUGUCAUAUGUCCCCUAGGGGCAAAAUUUGGGCAAAUGUUAGUUGAGAGAGCAGAGACCCUGACUCUUUUUCUCUCCUGUUCACCUUUUCUUCAGCAGAGAGCACGGUGUCUGUUCAUAUCCUGGUGAGAAGUAUACGAUUUGAUUGGCUCAGAUCCUUGUGUUAAAAUACAAGCUACUAAAAUGGUCAUCUUUGCAAUUUUUUCAUUGCAUUUUUUUCUCUUGCUAGUCAUCAUCGCUUAUGUGAAGCAAUGAGGUGGACAUCAUUUCUUCCAUCCACUUUUAGGCAUGGUUGGAAGUGGAGGGCUUAAGGCUUACGAAACAUGCCUGAGCCCCCUGAGUCCAUGCUUUUGGCCCAUCUGAACUCCAGGAGGGGAGACAUACAGAUAAAAGAGUGAAGUGCUUUUAUACUGUUCCUCUGAGGCUCCCUGGUAACAUGCCAUCUGUUGAAAAUUGGCCUCUUUGCCUGGGGGAGCCCCUAGGAUGGGUUGAUACCUAAGUCACCUCUGGCCGUGCUGAAUUAAAGGCAUGCCUUGCUGUAAAGAGGAACGGAAGCUCAGGGCACCAAGCAGAAGGGGCACAUUAGGAGAGCCUAGCAGAAAUGUCUUUUUGAAUUUGUGUUCCCUGUUGGGCUCAUUUGGAUUGAUUUCCUCCACUCUACCUUCUAUCCUGUGCCUAAGUUGAUCAUGGAGCAAAAUGUUCCUGUUUGUUCUUCCUUCUAGAGUUAUGAAUGGUAAAAAGGCAAUAACUGAUAUUUACUGAGCACUUCUUAUGUGCUCUAAGCUCUCUUCAUGCAUUCUCUUUCCCCCCUUCCAAAUCCUCUCCAUCAUGGCUGUUAUUGCCACUUAAAGAUGAAGGAAGAGCCUUGAGAGGUUUAGUAACAUUGCUAGGCUGAGUGGUUAAGUAACUGGGGGAAGCUGGAAUUUGAUCUCUGCAGCCUUUUUUGUCUGCAAAAUCUUGGAUGCACCAUAAGAGAAGUCCAAGAAUUGUCCAGUGAAAUUAAAACUGCACCCCAAAGCUCAGCGCCUGGGGGGAUUCCUGGGCUCCAUCCUCAGAGCCUUUUAUUGCACCCGUGCUUGGAUGAGUCUCUUGAAGCUGACUUAAUCCCGGUCUGUCUACACAAGGGAGCAGCAAGCUAUUGACAGCCUCAUUUUAUGGUCAUCAGUGCCCUCUUCCUUCUGAAGCUUGUCAAUUUUAAUGUCUGGAGAACCAGGGGGUGGUGUAGGGGCUUCCAGACCCCUGUUUGCAAUCACCACUUGUAGACCAGAGCUUCUCACACUUAGAUGCAUGUGGAAUUCCCUGGGGUUGGAGUUAAGUUGCAGGUUGUGAUUCCAUAGGCCUGGCCUGGGGUCUGAUCCUGCAUUUGUAACCAGCUCCCGGGUGAUGAUGCGGAGGUGGCUGUCCUCUGGCCACACUGAAGUCCCUAGUUCUAGAUGCCAUCGCCCUCACCCUACUUCAGAGGCUGUACCAAAUUCUUAGAAGAGAAAUUUUGCCUCAAAAGAGACCUGGGAACCUGGCCCCAGGAAGAGUUUCAUCUCUGCGGGGAGUGUGGAAUUGGAGUGAUAGAGGUAAAUGACAAGGAUGUGGUGUUCCUUAAGCUGACUCCUGAUGAGCUUGGCGAAAUGAAGCCAGACAUUUUAUAAUUGGUCCCUUUUCUUUGUGUAGUGUCUAACACUUUUUGAAUACCUACUGCGUGUCAGUGCCUUUUCCCACUGAGGAUCGUACUGGAUAACUUUGGAUCUAAGGUCACUUUGGCAGUGAGAAUUUCCCGCCUCUGAGUCAAGACUACCUUUGAGUCCAGAAAUGGUGGCUCACGCCUGUAAUCCCAGUACUUUAGGAAGCUGAGGUGGGAGCUUGGCCCAGGAGCUCAAGACCAGCCUGGGCAACAUAGUGAGACCCUUACUUGACAAAAAAAUAAAA